AUGGCUCUCAGCACGCCCGCCACCGCCGACGUCCUGCUCAGUCGAGUGGUUCAGGACGCCACAGAGCCACUGGCUGGCAGCAUCUCGAGCGUCAUCGUCACGGUCCUCACCGCAACAAUAUUAUCGACCUUGACCACGCAAAGAGUCCUGCGAGUCACAGAUUGGCGCACGCUGCCGCCUGUCGCAUGGAUCGUGUUCGCGAUCUUUCUUGAUUCGUGGCUGUUUGUCUUCGUAACGGCGAUACUCAAGUUUGGCGUGGGCCUUGGCGCGAGCUUCGGGAUAUGCCAGGGCGGGAUCCUGCUCUGCCUCGUCUGCUAUGUUACAACCAAGUUGAUAUACAUUUUCCUGGUUGAAAAAGCAUACAUUAUCCGUCAAAGCUCAGUGCCAACUGGGCGUCUCAAGUCCAAGCUGUACAUAUUCAACCUGUUCGGCAUGCUCGGCAUCUACGUUGUCGUCUCGAUUCUCAACUUCAUAUUCCGCAUCACCCGCCAGCAUAACGGCGAAUGCGUCAUUGGCAUGCAGCGCGUCGCCAUGAUUCCGCUCAUCAGCUUUGACCUGCUCGUCAACGUCUACCUCACCAUUUUGUUCCUCAUGCCACUUAAAAACUUGCGCAAAGUUCGACACAUUCAGCGCAACGCCGCCAACGAGCGCCUUCGCACAGUUGCGUCCCGGACAUUCAUCGGCGCGGUGGCGACGACCAUAUCUAGCAUCGUAAAUCUGUCCGUUUUAAUGGCACUCGACGGCGAGCCCGGGUGGGUGUGCCUGAUGUGCUGCAACGUGGACAUCGCCUUCUCCGCCAUCGUGGUCUUCUGGGUCACACACAAGGAC